CUUGGCUUAGAUGAGUCACAAACGUCAUAUGGGAAAGUUUACAGUGUACUAGACUGUGUAUUGUGUUUUCGUAAGAAUACUGUCUAUAUAUUUCACUCAUCACUUUAAAUCAGUUACUUCAAAUACAACAAAAAUGUCCGGUAUGCCAGACCAACAGUUCUUAUGGAAUAUUUUUCAAAAAGUGGAUAGAGACCGGAGUGGCUUUAUUUCGGCAGAUGAACUACAGCAAGCCUUAUCAAAUGGUACUUGGAAUCCUUUCAAUCCAGAAACCGUUCGACUUAUGAUAGGAAUGUUCGAUAGGUCGAAUCGAGGCUGUGUAAGCUUUCAGGAUUUUGGUGCGUUAUGGAAAUAUGUCACUGACUGGCAGAAUUGCUUUCGCUCAUUUGAUACAGACAACUCCGGGAAUAUCGACAAAAAUGAAUUGAAGUCGGCACUGACUGCGUUCGGAUAUCGUCUUUCCGAUGGUCUGUACGAUAUAUUAAUUAGGAAAUUCGAUCGUUACGGAAAAGGUACUAUUCUGUUUGAUGACUUUAUCCAGUGCUGUGUGAUACUGUAUACACUCACGUCAGCGUUUAGACAGUAUGAUACAGAUCAGGAUGGUGUAAUAACCAUCCACUAUGAACAAUUCCUCAACAUGGUAUUCAGUCUAAAAAUCUAAACAUGUGUAUUCAAUGUACCAUCAUACAUUGUUGAUUCGAAAAAUAACCAACUUUUCCUAUAAAUGAGUCGUCCGAGCUUUGCCUUCGAAUGGUGAAAAAACUAAAUGAUACUGUCUAUUUUUAGUCAUAUAGGAGGCAAUGCGAUGUUCUAUUUUAAACUAUUGUUACUGACUAUACCACAAAUAAUGUCAUCAAAUACCGAUUCAAAACUGAGCAGAAUGCAUAAAUUGGUGUCAACUACAAUAUAAUUCUAAUGUUACAAACCGCAGAUACUGGAGAUGAAUUCUAAGCUGUACAUUUUUAAAUAAUUCAUCGCAUACAACAACAAUGUCUGGUCGUGUCGUUUUCCGAUUAGCAGUUGAUGUAAUCAUAUCAAUACCAGCAAAGGCACGGGCGUUGAUCAAAGUUUUAUACAUAAAAUUUAAUAUAAAAAGUUAUUCCCACUUUUCGUUUUAUGCGUAGUUCAAAUAAGCGAUUGCAAGAUAAUCUGAAGUCUGCUAGCCACCAGAGGUGCCGUCGUCGUGCAACAAACGAUGAUACCAAACACUGUUGCCAAGUUAUUACAUAUACAUUGAAGCCGAAAGAUCGUUUUGCUCUUUACUACAACAUAGUUUAUAUUAUUUGAAUACAGGCUGUUUCCUUAUUA